AUGAGUCACGUUACAAGUAAGAGCUUCGACAAUUAUCAUAAUCCGAGAUUUUUGAAUUCCCAGUCUAGUGAUGGCUAUGCAGCAAAUCAUGCUUACCAGUAGCACAAUUACAUUCAUUAAUAAAACCUAAGUCAAAAUGUUAAAGUUUUUGAGGAGCAGCAUUAGUACCAAUAUCAUCAUGAAAAGUAACCCUCAAAUGUCUCGAGCUCUCAUGAUUCCAACAAGUUUAAUUAGAAAAUCAUUUUGAAUCAUUCUAAAAUCUAUGAGGACAGUUAAGAGUAAGAUGAAGAUGAUGAUAAUUUGGAAGAGAAGUACUAUAAUCCUAACGAACAAUCUAACAAUUUGAUAAUUGAAGAGAAUUCCUUAGAAUCCAAGAAAUAGCUUUAUGAGGAUUCAUUUGAAGAAGAGGAGAAGAAACUCUAAAUUGAAUCAAUAAUAAAAAAAUAGAGCUUACCAAGAGACUAACACUAGCAUCAUCAAUAUGACAAUAUAGUGGAAUAUUAGCAUCAAUUUGAAUAAUUUUAACAUCAUCAGCAUCAUAUGCCUCUCUAAUAAAAGAUGUAAUUAUAGGAGAUAUAGCAAAGAGAAUUAGACCCUAAGAACUUUAAGAGAAUCAGAGUCUCAAAUGAAUAUAAAAAAGAAUAGUAAGACUAACUAAAGGAUUUAACUCCAGGAUCUCCAUCCACUAACAAUAACUCUGGCAUUCUCUUUUAAAGAAUGUAUGGUAAUGAUAAAGAUUAAUCUAUGAUACAUAAAAGUCCAAACUCUCCUGUAGAUGGUACUAAUAGAGAGUGGGCACUUGAGACACUAUUAAAAGAUGAAAAAGUAAAUGUUAAGCAUCUAGAAUAAAGAAAUUAAGCUCUGAAAGAUAGAAUUCAAAAUCUAGAGAAUAUGCUGAAGACUAGUGGCACGUCAGCUAAUCAUAACAAUAUAAACAAUAGCAUUGCUGUCAAUCAUUUAGAUUCAAUGAGUUAAAAUGUUUUGACAAACACACAUACAAUGACUAUGGACAAUGAUAACUCAAAAACUGCCUCUUAAUAUACUUCAACUAUGAUUUUAAACUCUCCAAAAGAAGAUCCACAUAAGCAAUAUCUCUUGUAAAAGAUGGACUAAAUAUAGUACUUAAAUCAGCAAUACGAUGUAGAGAAUUAAAGACUUAAAGCUAGGUUGGAUGAUGUGCUUAAUCGCUUAGAGGACUUUGAAGCUGAGAAAUAAGCUUUAAAAUAUGAUAAUAACAAGAUGAUGAAUGAGUUAGAGAUGAGAAUAUAAGAUUUAUAGCUAGAACUAUCGCAAGCUCAUCACACAUCAUUACAUGAAAAAGAUUAAACAAUAAGCCAACUCUAAGAGCAUAUCAAGUUACUAGAAAAUUAGAUUUAUAAUUAAGAAAUACAAAACAGCUAAACUCAGAGUGCAAAGCAUUAGCAUCUCGAGAAGACCCCACUGUUUUAGUAAUCAUAAACUUCAUUCGGAGGAAAUAAUAGUGGAGACCAGAAUGUUUACAGAUAUAAUAGCAGAGGGUAUCAAACAUUGGUUAACUCACAAGGAGUACCGAAUGGAUAAGAUACUGGAAAUGUUAAUGAUAAUGAUGCUAAUAACUCAAGUACAGGAUAAGCAUUUUAAGAAUAGGUGAGACAACUUGAAUUACAGUUGCAAGAGACGAAAUAAUACUAUGUAAGCAAGCUUUCUUUGCUAGAAAGGUAGUAGAAACUGCAAUAAACUUUUGCAAAAAAUCAGACUCUUUCAAGUGACUAAAGAGAAUUGACUUUUGGUGAAAAAUAAAGACUAUUUGAUCAGAUAGCAUUAGUAGAAGAGGAUAGAGAUCAGGCACUUAGAAAGAUUAAAGUACUUGAGAAUGAAAACUAACUAUUAAUGAGAAUUAAAAAUGCAGAUCAAGACACUUAACAAAGCAUUCAGGGUUAAUCAGUAGAUUCAAUUAUUGAAUGCAUACUAAAUCCUAAAAUAAGGGAGAUAACUGAUAUCCUAAUGAUGAUUGAAGAUGCUAUUUAAAUUGGAGAACCGAAUAAAGAUCUAUAUUUUAUCCUUGAAAACCUGAUUUCUCAAAUUGAAUCUAUGAACAAUCAAAGAAUAUUUAGCAAGAGUCAGAUCAAAUUAUUCGAAGACUUGACAGAAACGUGCCUACUUAUUUCGUAAAUGAAAGAACAGAGAGAAAUAAUUGACACUCUACAUAAAAUGAGGCAGUUUACAAUGAUUGAGCUAUAGUAGCUUGUUUAGUCUCAAGCUUAAACAGCACAGUUACAACCAGAAAAAGAUGAGGGAAUUUAGGCAAAAGAUCUCGAAAAUGAGAUGGAUGAGUAUUGGUCAGAUUUCUCUGAUGAUGAUUUCUACAUAGAGGAGUAAGAGGAAAAAGAAGUACUCAAGGAAUUCUAUAGUCUUUAAUAAUGGAUUCUACAAUUUAUAAAACAAUCUGACGUUGAUUUGUUGAAGCUUCUCUAGUCUUAAGAGAGAGACUAUGAAAAUCUAAUUUCAUUAAGAGAUCUCCUUCAUUCCUUGAUAAAGAUUGGUUACAAUAGCAAUUUCGUCUAACUAGCAAACCUAUUGAAAUAUAUGGAGCAUUAGAGACCAAAUUAUAUAGAAUAUAGACAAUUUAUCAAAAAUAUACAAGUCAAGCCUUACAGCUGGUGGCAAGAAAUUAUCCUUAACAAUUGCUUUGAGAUUAGAUCCUAAAUUAAUAAAGAGGGAGACUUCAAUAGUAAUUUGCCUAGGCUUAAGAAUAAUGAAGCUGACUUCAUGUUCUAUAUAAACUUGAUAUCUGAGAAAUUGACUUGCAAGUAGCAGCAACUCGAUAAAUUUUAGAGCCUACUCUCAGACGAGCAGACUAAUUAUCUGACGAAGAGGGGAUUUAGAAAGUUUGUUCUAGAUCAAAGAGUAAACUUGACUAGAUUUGAAUGUCACUUAUUCAUAAAGUAUCUUGAGAAUGAUGGAAAGAUAUUCAAAAGUGAUCUGUUUGAGUUUCUUAGCAAUCCCUAUGAGUUCAAACCUUAAAAGUAAAAAAAUCAGCAUACUAAUGAGGAAAAGUAUUAAGAGAAUAAGCACCAGGUCCAAGAGUUCAAUGACUUCUUGCAUAUAAUCAAUAAUCACAUUCAGGAAAAUAGAUUUAACAUAGAAGAGUGGUUUAGAUGCUUUGAUUAACUCCACAAUGGAACUAUUGAUCUACAUGGAUUCAAUCAAGUAUUCAAAAACAUGUAAAUACCACUUUCCAAGAUAGAGAUUUAUUCUAUAUUCAAAUACUUGCUACAAAGACAAAAUCCAUCAAUGAAGAAUUUACAAGUAGGUGAUUAAUCAAGAUUGCACUUUUCAUCCUUCGUGAAGACUCUCAAUAUUAUCCAGAAGCAAUAAGAAAGAGAGGGUAUCACUUACAAUCUGCCCUUGUAAAAAGCAAUAUCUCAUUAAGACCUCGAUAUACAACCAAAUCUCAACUUGAAACAGAGAUAAUUGUAGAAAGGAGGAAAGAAAAUAACUGAUGAGGGUUAAAAUGACUUCAAUUAGACAUUCCUCUCAAUGAGUGAUAGAAACUACGAUGUAAAUAAAGAGAAUUUUAACAAAGUUAGCAAUGCAACUGCUGAUGAGUCCAAAAAGUUUGACAGAUGUAAAUCUGCAAUUAAGAUAGCUGACUUGAAGAUAAAAAUAGAGAAACUAGUGCAGAAAAAUUCUCAGAAUCUAUAGAAAAGUGGGCUGGGCAAUAUGGGAAGUACUCUGGGCAAAGCCUCUUAACUUAAAAUAAAUACCAUCAGAGAUGAAUUUGAAAAGGAAAAGUAAGAGAUGAGCAAACAACUUCAGAUGAAAAACAAGGAGAUAGAAGGAUUCAGCAAAGAACUUGAAAUCAUACUCAAAGAAAUGGAGGUACUGCAAAUCAAAUAGCAUAAUAAACCACAAAGACUAAGAAAUAACUGA